CAAAUUAACUGAAACUCUAGUGAAACAAAAACAAGUCUCAUCAUCUGUAUAUGUUUUGUUGUGUUAUGUAAUUAUGUUAUCUGACAACCCUACCACUACCAAUACCAUCCCUCUUCUGCUUUCCCAUAAGUCUCUUUUUAUGUAAUCUUAUCAUCUCCUUUUUAAGUAUCAAAUUCAACUCACUCAUUCAUUCUCUUCUUUAUCAUAAUAACUACUACUACAACAAAAAGCUUCCUACCAUACCAGUCUGUUCUUGCUGAUUAAUUCUCAUACCAGACACUACUACUUUAGCUUAGUUGCUUAUAUCAUAUCACUUCAUAACUCUGUCUUCAGAUUCUUUCCUAUUGUGUUAAUUUGCUUAUGUGACAAUAUCAUGAUAAGCUAAUCAAAGUGUCACAUUUGAUUUGAUCUAUCCAAAUUGCCUUCUAGAAAAGAAGUUAUAGCUCAUAGAAGAUUCAUACAAAUGAUGACUCCAAACUUGAACUUGGAACCUGAAAAUCAGUCAGAAGCACCUAAUGAUCAUCUAGAUUCUUCUAUGACCCUUGAUUUGACACUCAAUUUCAGUUCUAGUGACAGCGAGUUAAAGGGUUCAAGUGAUGCUAGCAGCGAAGUAGGAGCUGGCGAAGAUCAAGCUGCGCCUAAUAUAACUCCAAGGGUUUUCUCUUGUAAUUAUUGCAAGAGGAAGUUCUUUAGCUCGCAAGCGUUAGGAGGUCAUCAGAAUGCUCACAAAAGGGAGAGAACGAUGGCUAAACGCGCGAUGAGAAUGGGUAUGUUCACUGAGCGGUAUACAAGCCUAGCAUCUCUUCCUCUUCAUGGUUCACCUUUUCGGUCCCUUGGUGUUGAAGCUCAUUCUGCAAUGCAUCAAAGAAGUCAUGUGCAACCAUCAUCAUCAAUGAGGGCUCCUGAUAUGAGAGCUUCUGCAAAAUUUGAUAGGAACCAUUUCGGAUCGUUGGUUUACGUGGAAGACGAUGAUGUAGGAUUCUUUUGGCCCGGAAGUUUCAGACAGGUGGAUCAGGGAGGUGGUAUUAAUAUAGGGCAUCCUCAAACUUCAAAUUCUAGUUUUACUCCGAUGGAACCUCCCCGGCCACAAGCAUCUGCAUCUCCUGAUCUCACAUUAAAGUUAUAAGAUUUGAGAGAUGAUACAAACACAGGUAAACCCUUUCUAUGAGGUGUCAGCUCAGUGGUAUCAGUUUGACUAUAUAACCUCAAGGGACGGAGUUCAAAUACUAUCAGAAAGUCGGAAACAGUUGUAAAAUGACCAUUAGGCAGACCCUUCACAAAAUAACGAGUUUCGGUGGUUGUAAGAAGCCAAAAUUUCUCAAUCACUCAUUUAUUAAUAUUUGCUGUGAUGGGUUUAUGGAUUUAUGAAGGUUUUGCCUUAUGCUUGUAUCAUUUAUCUUAAGAUUAUUUGUCUAUGAUAUCGUUCUAUUUUAGAUAUGAAAUUAUUAAUUAAUAGGGCUUGCAUUUGUAUGUAUAGUGAGAUGAGAUUGAAAUGUGUAUUUCCAAUGGCAAUUUUAGCUUUUUAUUUUAACUUCA